CGCGCUUGUCGAUAUCUCGCGAGAUUUCAUUGUGUUCCUUACUUUGUCAGCAGCAGUGGUCCUCCACCAUUUCGCUGCGUAAAGUCUCCUCCCCGCGACCGCUACAUUCUGCGCCGAAACCCAGUCUCUCCCGGUCCGUAUUUUAACUUCUUCCCACAGACCUAGUGGUACCUCAUUGGGUACCGGGAGACAGUUUGGAUUACCGGCAUUACGGAUUGUGUGUGAUUUUACGCGGAUGACGGCUCCUUCAACGAGAAUUUAGUAAAAGAAAAUUGGUCGGAAAUUUCAGACUAUGUGGAGGGGACCCUAAUUUCAGCAUCCUGGAAGUAGAAAGCACAGAAGAUCUGUGUCUCACACCACAGGCAGGUGCAGUGUGUAGCGGGGGCAGCACAGAGGAAGAGGUGGUGUGGCAGCACACCUCUCCGGCUCCGGCUGUGGAUGUGCUGGGUGGCAACCCCCAGGUUGCACAGAAUGUGUCUGGGGAGUCGCCGCGGCAUGCCCCGCAGCCGGUUGCAGCUGCCCCCCGCGCAGUCCCUCCAUGCACCAAUUCGUCCACUGUGCCAUUGCCGAAGAAAAACGAUUCUGCGUUCCUCGGCAUGGAGAACACCUCUGAGACUCUCCCAAUCAGCAGCCAGUUUAAGGACAGCGUCUCAGAAGAAGUCCUGGCUGGGGAGACCGUUACUGAAGUUGUUGGAGUUGCAACAUCCGUCACUGAGGACUGUAGUUCCUCUGCUGAGAUGCAAAGGCUUCCAACCUCCCUUUGUCCAACUCUUCCCUCAGAUACACAGAUUGACAGCACAGUGCAAAAGUUGCAGUACGGGUCACAAACUGAUAAAGACAAAAGUCUCUCAAACAGUCAGACAAACCAGAUUCAGCAGCUUAGAGAGGGUGCUGGACUUGUGGUUAUUACAGGGACAAAGGAGAAACAGUCCAUCACAUUGGAAUAUAAACCAGCUACUGGAACAAACAUGGAACAUGGUGGAAGAGAGCACACAGGUGGAAAUAUUCUCCCACAACCCCAGUCUCAGAUCUGUUUCACAGCCUCUUCUCUCUCUGUCCCGCAAUCAAAUGUUGGCUUUAAAGUCGCCACACAACAUGGGGCUGUGGAGCAGUCUGACAUGGAUUCACUUGUGCAUGCAAGUCAAGGCAGCCAUAUACCUCCGCCAGGUGCUGCAGAACAAACAGGUGGUCACCAGGGCUCAAAAUCGUCUCCACUCCCUUUACCCCCAUCUGUCAACAGAGAGAUUAAACAAAGUGACUUGUCAAAAACACAACCUAAAAUCAUCAAGGAGGUCUCAGAUGAUACCAGAGAAAUACAGAAAAGACAUUCUUUGCCAUCACUGGGGACACUGGAGCAUGUUGAAGCACUUGUUGAAACUUGUCACAGAGAAACACAUCCUCCUCCUUCUGAAAUACUUGAGAUCCCAAAGGCAAGAGAAUUCAUUCCUGGAUUUUUCACGUCUUCUGGAAAAGGAAGCUCAGUUUCCAGCAGCACAGCUGACAGAGCAGAUUGCACCAUCCAGAGGAGCUGCAAUCCCCUUGAAGGAAAAUUGAUGGAAAGUAGCAGGAGGGAAGAACAAACUGACACAACCACCUCCUCAUCUGAUUUCACAAUGCUGCCAGAGUGCUCUUCUGCACAGAAUUCCUCAAAAUCCUCUGCCGACCCUCAUCUGUUUGACACAGACCUAGUGGUGUCGCUUGCAGAAACAUCUCUUUCUUCUCAUCAAAUCCCCACAACAGAGGUGCCACUGAUUGCUGAGCUUGUGCAUUCAUCUAAUGCUCAAGAAAUUGUGGUUGUCAGAGAAGAGGCUCAUAUCAGUGGUGCCUGGUCUAACAUGCACCUGAAUCAGAGUUACCUCCUACAACGAGAAGAUGGCAGCGUCUGUGAAGCUGCCAUCGUCAGCGAGCUGAGUUCUGGACUCUCUGCUGGACAACCAGCUAUUGAGUUGGACUCACAGCCAGUAGAGGUGUACGAGUUCUGCGGCCUGGUGGAGGAGGUUGCGGAGGAAACCGUGUGUGUUGGAAGUAGCACACAGAUACCACACUCUCCAGGAUAUGAGGUGAAUUUAUUCAAUGCGUUACUAGAAAACCCUGAUGAGUACACUGUCAAAGAGGACCUAGAGUCACGUGCUGAACCAUCUAAUCACACCGUUAAUGCAAGUGACACUGUCAUAAUUUCCCAGCAGCCCUUCUCUUCACCACACAGUGCAAAUCUAACACAGGCUUGCUCUAACAAUAAUUCCCAUAAUUUGUCCAUACAAAACACAGGGGUGGCUGCUGUCGGGCAGCAUUUGGUCUUAGAUGUUAACCCAAAUAUUAAAGCAGCAAACUCAAGUGAGGUUUGUGUAGUUAAAAUAGCUGCUGUCACAUCUGACUCAUUCACUGUUGAACAGACUGACACCAGUGCACAACUUGUGACAUCUUGUUUGCAGGUCAGUGCAGCACUUUUAGGCCAAGCAGAGGUGAUUAAAUCUCCUGUAACAGUUCUCCAAAAACAGGAAGCUAAGGCUGGUUCAGUAUGUGUCGUAUCCCCAGUUGGUUCUGGUGAGGAGAUGGGAUUGGAAUCGUCCACUGCUGAUUCAGUGUGUGUUUCCAAACUGGAAAAUCAACCCACAUUAAAUCAGUCCCCAGCCGUCGCUGUUGUAAGUACCACCAUGCCAGAGGCCUGUGUUUCUUCAUAUGAAGGAACCAAAGAAACCCCUGCUUUGACAGAGACUCCAACACAGAGCAAGAAUGUUGCUGUGCUUACGCAAACCAAAUCGGAGUCUUUCCACACCACUCACCACUCUGGUAUUAUAAAUCCAAAACUGCUGCUUCUUAAACCGGGAGAAACUCCUCUCCUGAAACACCCACCCUCCCUUAUGGCACAGGUGUCCAAGCAGCAGAAUGUGGCUGGCAAGCUGGGCAGUGCCUGCAGCACUUGGUCUGGCACAAUGUCUGAGGAGCGCCUUCCCCAGAUUGUCUCAGCGGCAGACUCUUUAUGUGUGUCUGUGGCUCUUAGCAGCCAGAGAGCAUCUGUCAGCUCCACAUGCAAAUCUGACAAAGAGGCCUUAACUGUUACUGAAAGUUCAAGUGAAGCGGAUCCUGCGUCCCAAGUUGUUGUCACACCUACAGAUGCCACCCCACCAACUAUGCCUCACAACCUGAAUAUGCUUACAGCAUCAGCAGAAAGGGAAUGUGCAGCAUCUACCAGUGUCAGUGACUCCAUCAUCCACCCUGACUCCCUCUAUGUGGAGGAAGAGGGUGAGGACAUGGAGCAGGACGAACCAAUGGAAGAAACUGUUGUGCAGGACGUCACCUCAGGGCAGGUUAGCAGCCCAGAGGAAGGCAGUGACGAAGAACCUGACGCAGACAAAACAGAAAAUGAGAUGACCACCCCCAGCUCACCACUCAAGCAUGGACAGAGCAGGACAGACAGAAAGGCACUGUUCCUUAAGGUGCGCCAGUGGAUAGCAGACAGGGUCACCUCAAAUUCGUCUCCUGUCUCGCCUUCCGCCUCCUCUUCCUACCCAGGUCCCUCGCCCACCAGUGACUGGUCCAUACGACGACGGGAGAGGGCCUCACCUCUCCGGGGUCCUCACGGCAAGUUCGUUUCUCCGUCCUCUGUUGGUUCCUACAGUUUGUCCUCUUCCUCGCCUGACCAGGCCACUUCUCAGCGACUACGUGGAGAACGUCACACAGACAUAGCAGAGCUGGCUAAACAUGAAGCAGACAUUGAGCAUCGAACCCAGGCGCUGAAGCGAGAUGGUUUCUGGUCGAUGAAGCGUCUCACCCGCCUGACAGAGCCGUCACGACCCAAAGUUCACUGGGACUACCUGUGUGAGGAGAUGCAGUGGCUCUCUGCUGACUUUGCUCAAGAGAGACGCUGGAAGAGAGGGGUGGCCAGAAAGGUGGUACGGAUGGUGAUGCGACACCAUGAGGAGCUGAGGCAGAAGGAAGAAAAAGCAAAGAGAGAUGAACAUGCUAAAAUCAGAAGAGUUGCCUCCUCUAUUGCAAAGGAAGUCCGGGCUUUCUGGAGCAGCGUUGAGAAGGUGGUGCAGUACAAGCAGCAGUCCAGGCUGGAGGAGAAGAGGAAGAAGGCUUUGGACCUUCAGCUGGACUUCAUUGUUGGUCAGACGGAGAAAUACUCAGACCUCCUCAGCAAGUCACUGGCACCCACCAGACCUGCUGAAACCAUCUCUCUGACUCCCCAGAAGUCUCUCCCACUUCCCAUUGAUGAGGAUGACAGGGACUUUGAGCCUCCAUGUGAGGAGGAGGAUGAUGAGGAGACAAUAGAGGUGGAGGAGCAGCAGGAGGGCAACGAUGCAGAGAGCCAUCGGAGGGAAAUUGAACUGUUAAAGGAAGAGGGCCUGCUGCCCCUGGACAAGUUACUGAGCACCCUCAAACUGCCACAGGACACGGGCUUCGAGGAAGAAAGCUCUGAAGAAACAUCUUCAUCAGUGGAGGAGGAAGAGGAAGAUGGGGAAUUCACUGCUAAUGAAGAGGAUGCUGAGGAUGAGGAGGAGACCAUAGCAGCCCAGGAGAAGGUAGAAGGGAAUGUAGAUCACGCACAGGAACUGGGCGACUUGGCUAGAGAAGGUGAUAUGAGUAUCGAGGAGCUGCUGGAGAAGUACAAAGGAGCAUAUGCCUCUGACUUUGAGGCACCUUCUGCAUCUGGCUCCAAAGCAAGCUCUGAUUCGGAGGUGUCUGGGGACGAGGAGGAGGAGAGUGAAGAAGAUGAAAGCGAUGUGGAAAGCAAUACUUCCUCCUCAGAGUCACCAGGAGACAGUGCAGAGGAUGAUGAGAGUGAGGAAGAAGAAGAUGAUGAUGAUGAUGAUGAUGAGUGUGGAGAUGAAGGAAUGGAGGUUUUGCUAAAGGAGGGAGAUAACAGCCCAUCUUCGUCUAGUUCAAGGCCAAAAAAAGAAAUCAGCCACAUUGCUGCUACUGCAGAAAGUCUGCAGCCUAAAGGCUACACUUUGGCUACUACGAAGGUCAAGACUCCCAUUCCAUUCCUCAAACGAGAAUACCAGCACAUUGGACUCGACUGGUUGGUCACUAUGUACGAGAAAAAGCUCAACGGCAUUUUGGCUGAUGAGAUGGGUUUGGGCAAGACCAUCCAGACUAUUGCUCUGCUAGCUCACCUCGCCUGUGAAAAAGGUAACUGGGGCCCUCACCUCAUCAUUGUUCCCACCAGUGUGAUGUUGAACUGGGAGAUGGAGCUGAAGCGCUGGUGUCCUGGGUUUAAAAUCCUCACCUACUUUGGCAGCCAAAAGGAGAGGAAGCUAAAGAGACAGGGGUGGACAAAGCCUAAUGCUUUCCACGUGUGCAUCACUUCUUACAAGCUGGUGCUGCAGGAUCACCAAGCUUUCCGACGCAAGUCUUGGCGGUAUCUGAUCCUAGACGAGGCACAAAACAUCAAGACCUUCAAGUCCCAGCGCUGGCAAAGCCUCCUAAACUUCUCCUCUAAUUACAGCCACCGGCGACUGCUGCUGACAGGAACCCCCCUGCAGAACAGCCUGAUGGAGCUGUGGUCUCUGAUGCACUUCCUCAUGCCCCACGUCUUCCAGUCCCACCGUGAGUUCAAAGAGUGGUUCUCCAACCCGCUGACGGGAAUGAUCGAGGGCAGUCAGGAAUACAACGAGGGCCUGGUCAAGAGGCUCCACAAGGUGCUGAGGCCAUUCCUUCUCAGGAGGAUCAAGGCCGACGUGGAGAAGCAGAUGCCCAAGAAAUAUGAGCAUGUAGUGCACUGUCGCCUUUCCAAGAGACAGCGAUUUCUCUACGAUGACUUCAUGGCACAGGCAUCGACCAGAGAAACACUGGCCAGCGGUCACUUCAUGUCUGUGAUCAACAUUCUCAUGCAACUCCGCAAAGUGUGCAACCAUCCCAACCUGUUUGACCCUCGGCCUAUCCAGUCACCCUUCAUCAUGCAGCCCAUUAUUUUCCACACAGCCUCCCUGGUGCUGGACGCCCUGGAGGUCUCUCCUUUGAAGCGUUGCGACCUGUCUAUGUUUGACCUUGUUGGUUUGGAAAGCUGUGUUUCCCGGUACCAGGCUGACAUCUUCCUGCCGCGCCACAAGGUCAGCCGCCAACUAAUCCAGGAGAUCGUGGAGUCCCCCGAACCCCCUCCACGACCCAAACCAGUCCGCAUGAAAGUCAACAGGAUGUUCCAGCCGCCUCCCAAAGCCGAUAAUCGACCUGUUCUGCUGAUGAACAAACCCAUGUGCUCCGUGCCUCCUGCAACUCAGACCCCCAAACCUCCCCUGGUUACUGACGUCACAUCAGCUCCUGCAACUGCUCCUGUAGUUCAACAAGUGGUGUGUUCAGUGGCAUCCGCACCCCCUCCUCGCCUGCCUGUGCAUCCUCCUGCUCAAACUGCAGUGAGAUCCAGUGCUCCAAAACCAAACCCCAGCAGUGUCAUGCCCCAGAGGGUUCUGCUCAGUCCAGAUAUGCAGGCUAGAUUGCCUUCUGGUGAGGUAGUGAGCAUAGCCCAGCUCGCCUCCUUGGCAGGGCGGCCUGUGUCAUCAUGUCAGGGUAGUAAACCCGUCACCUUCCAGCUUCAGGGCAACAAGCUGACUCUCUCUGGAGCCCAGAUCCACCAGGUCCCAGCAGCUCCUCCACGCCCAGUUCAAGGUAAUGUGAUGCACCUGGUGUCCAGCGGGGUACAGCACCACCUCAUCAGCCAGCCUGCCCAGAUGGCUGUCCAGAGCACAUCCAACACACACCCGGCAAACACCUCUGCUGCUGCUCCCCCUGUGAAUCGGCUGUCUCAUAAUGCCUCCUCACAAGUGCCCUCCUCCAUGGUGAGCAGCCCAGGCGUUGUGAAGAUCGUUGUGCGUCAGUCAACAGGCAAGGAGGGUGGGCCUGUGCCCACCCUUGCAGUGGCCCCUUCCCCUCGUCUUGCUUCUCAGGCACUCUCUUCCCUGCACGCCCCUGCCAACACAACCCCUGUCAGAAACACGGCUCCACUGCAGGCUCCACUGCAGGCUCCACUGCAGACGGCCCAGCGCACCCCUGGUCCUGCUACUGCCCACUACACCAUGGCUCCUCCCAGACACCCUACCUCAACCCUGAACCAGACCCAAACCCCUCGCCCUGUCCUCAAAGUAGUGCAGCCUCCACCAUCAAACACAGAGCAGCCAGCUCCAGCUCAGGUGAGCUCCUCGUCGUCUGCAUCCAGGUGUUCAACAACAGCACAUGAUAAUAGCAGCAGCAGCAGCAGUCAAACUCCAGUCAGCACAAAAUCGAGACCCAGUGCAAGUGCAAGAGCCUACCCUGCACCCCGAAAAGUGCCUCGCCCACCUCCUCGUUCUCCUUUCUACAUGUCGUGGCUGGGAGAUGGCCUCAAACAGCAGCGUGACAGCCGGCUGGACUUUAUCAUUCGAGUCAACGAGCACCACUGUGGAGCGAAGCCCAUGUACGGCCAGGAGGUUUUGAACUUCCUGACUUUUCUCACUGGUCCUCAUCCAUUGCCAGCUGCUCUGAGCUCUCAGCGGGAGUGGGGCCGCUCAGGUCACAGCAGCUGCCUGUUUGCACAGUGGCAAAACAAACACAACUGCUGGUUUCAGAGUCACGCUGUGAGAAAGGCCAUCCACAGCACUGAGGGGAGGCUGGAGCUGCUCAGCGACAUUAUAGACAGGUUUACAUUUGCAGUUCCCCAAGUGGAGGCUGCUCCAAUCUCCAUGCACUGCUGCCAUCCUCCUCCAUCUCUGAGCCACAAGCAGGCUGUCUUCUCCUCCACGCUGUCAUCUCAAGUCGCUCCACUCGCUCGCAGUCUCCACCACAUCCAGUGUAACAUGAGGACCCAGUUCCCGGACCUGAGGCUCAUACAGUAUGAUUGUGGUAAGCUUCAGACUCUUCACACUUUGCUACGAAAGCUGAAGACGGGAGGCCACAGGGUGUUGAUCUUCACCCAGAUGACACGUAUGUUGGAUGUGCUGGAGCAGUUCCUCAACUACCACGGACACAUCUACCUCCGCCUGGAUGGCAGUACCCGUGUAGAGCAGAGACAGGCACUCAUGGAGCGCUUCAAUGCAGAUCGUCGUAUCUUCUGCUUCAUUUUGUCAACUCGCAGUGGAGGUGUAGGGGUGAACCUGACUGGGGCCGACACUGUCGUUUUCUACGACAGCGACUGGAACCCCACCAUGGAUGCACAGGCACAGGACCGCUGCCAUCGUAUUGGCCAGACCCGAGAUGUGCACAUAUACAGGCUAAUCAGUGAGCGUACAGUGGAGGAAAACAUCUUAAAGAAAGCCAAUCAGAAGAGGAUGCUGGGAGAUAUGGCUAUUGAAGGAGGAAACUUCACCACUGCCUUCUUCAAACAGCAAACCAUCCGAGAGCUGUUUGACAUGAAUGACGGCGAGAAGAGAGAAGUGGCAGUGGAGCUAACAGUGCCCCAAGCUGAGGAGGAGGAAGCUGUCAACAAACAGAGCACCAUCAUUCUGGAGCAGGCCCUGUGUCGUGCCGAGGAUGAGGAGGACAUCGUAGCAGCCUCUCAGGCCAAAGCAGAGCAGGUGGCAGAACUGGCGGAAUUCAAUGAGAACAUACCACUGGACGACGGAGGGGAACAGGAGGAAGUAGAGGAGCUCUCCAAGGCUGAGCAGGAAAUAGCAGCUCUGGUGGAGCAGCUCACUCCCAUUGAACGCUACGCUAUGAACUUCCUGGAAGCCUCAUUAGAAGAUGUGUGCAAAGAAGAGUUGAAACAAGCUGAGGAGCAGGUGGAGGCUACCAGGAAGGGCCUGGACCAGGCCAAGGAGGAGGGCCUCAAGCUUCAUGCUUCAUCUGAUGACAGUGACGACGACUUUUUGUCGCCACUAGCUUCUGUGGAGCUUCCUCAACCACCCCCAGCCCGACGUGGCCGUAAACCCAAGGACAAGGAUAAGAUUGUUACCUCUACAAGGACCAGUGGUCGGCUUCGUGGGGCCUCACCGGAAACUGAGCCCGAGCCUGCAGCCCCUAGAGAAGUACCUGAAAGACUCCGUUUUGGUCUGAGAGGACGAGGAGCUGCGAAAGACACUGGAACCCCUUUCCGCACAGACCAUCAGAAAUCCUCCACAUCAACAAGGCUCCAGGACUCUGCCAAAUGUUCAAAAGCUUUAUCACCUUCCAGAGAUCACCAGACCAUCAAAACCAGGACUCUGCCAAACCAGUCGAAUCCCAGUCCAGUGCCUUCCUCUCCUACAGCAUCUCCCCCUGGAGGGAAACAGCAGUGUGCUGUGGAGACGGAACAGAGCUCCAAAUCAGGGACAGAGAGGAAGGAGGGGGUAAAUGAAAGGCGGUUGUCUGAGUCCAGCUGCCCAGUGGACCUUCAGACAAAAGAUGAUGACCUCAAAGACCAUGGUGCCAUGUCUCUCCCCUCCACCAGCUCCCGGUCGCCUCGCAAGCGUCAGUCAGCAGAUGGUGAAGUCCUGCGGGGCCUGGUGGAAGACUCACCAUCAGCCAAAGUCUUGCGGAAGCUCCCAGGAAGGCUGGUCACAGUGGUUGAGGAGAAGGAGCCAAGAAGGAGGAGGCGGAGAAUAAGCAGCACUGGGGGUGGAGGAUCAUCAGAAGAGGCAACAGCGGAGGAGACCGCUUCAGGUUUCGUCGACGAACCAAACAAAGACAAUACAUCACUGAGCCCUGAUAGUAAAACUAAAGGGGCCAUUACCAAAUUGCCUCAGGACCAAGACACUACUCCCAGUCCCUCUGUGCACCCACAGCCUGUCAGAGGUUAUCCUCCAUAUUCCCCACCCCAUCUUUUUCCUGACAUGCCUGUGCUGAGAAAUCUUCCUGUUCGGCGCAGGUUAGAAACAGAAUCUCGGAUGGCUGCUCAGCUGGGAGAGCAACAACUACAUCUGGGUAGAGGACGAGGCGGGAAUCAGUCCAAGAAAACAGACACACCGCCAGGAAAAGAUGCCACUUCAGCCUCUACAGAGUCCAGUGUCAAUUCUCUUGUGACACCUUUGAAAAGAAAGAGGGGCCGGCCCCCUAAGACUGUCCCUAGAUUACCUGAGCUUGAUAACAGAGUGACACCUUCCCCACAGCCCAACUCACCAUGUGAAGGGAACCCCCCUCUUUCCCCAAAACGGAAGAGGGGUCGUCCCCGCAAAGACUCCACAACCAUCCCAGACACUGUCAGUGAAGGACAGAACUCCAAAAAAGAGACCACCACCACUACUGAUGUGUCUGGUUUAGCAGUGACAGAUGCUAACACAGAGCCAACACAGACCAGCACCAGUCAGGCCUUCCAGUCUACCAGAAAUGAGGACACUAAGACUGAGGUUUCAGAUCAAUCCUCCACACCAGUCUCAGCUUCAGUCCAAGUACCCACUGCACCUGCACCUGAGGGGACUGCACCCCUUACUGUAGCAACCUCAGUCCAAACUGUUAGUUCACCUCCAGCUCCAGUUUUAAGCUCAGCAUCAACCCAGGUUUCCGCUCUCAUGCUUUCCACAUCUGCCAGUAUCCCAGUCACUGAGACCCCCACCACCACAACUGCACUGCCCCCUCCCAGUGCCGUUUCAUCAACUCUUCCAACUGUAAGACCAACACUUUUAGCUUCUACAUCUCCUGUAGAUCCAAAACCUCCAACUUCUACAACUGUGAAAACAACAGAACCCAGCUCUGCCAGAACCACCACAGCUGCUGCACCAGUUGCUACCACACUCACUACACCCCCCAUUAUGCCUGUUAAAGCAGUUCCAACAUCAGUCCCUGCGACAACUGAUACUACUGUAAUAUCAAAACCAGUAAGUGCAGUUGCCACUACAGUGAAACCCGUCACAACAACUACUGCUGCAAAAGACUUGCUACAAGCCUCUGCUAUACCACCUACAGCUCCUGGAGCCUCUGCUCCAGCUGCCAGCUUAUCAAGCCCAGUUACUGCUUCACCAUCCUCAACAUCUUCCCUGUCUACAGCACCAACAGUGACAACAACUACAAUAAAAACAGUGCAAGCAAGCCCAUUGAACUCAACAAGUGGAACCACAACUUCAGUAAAAACUGUAGAAGCAUGUUCCAGCACCAUCCCCACCAAAACCGCAUCUAUGUCUGCCUCUCCUGCAACAUCACCACCACCAAUAUUCACCACAUCUGCUGUAAAUACAGCUUCUCCAGUUCGAGCAGAGGCUAAUGUGACAACUUCCACGGUCCCUGUCAAACCAGUCCCAACGUCACCACCAGUUCAAGUGGAUGUACAUGCACAGGUAACUACAGUGCCUGACAUGGCCUCAGAAACAUCUCCUGCUGCACCUACUCUGCUCUGUACUCCUCCAGCAACAGAGUCUCCCAGUGUCACUACCACUGCAGAGGCAAAGACAGCUGGAAUAGCGUCAUCAUCCCCAUCAGAAGAAGUCGAAGUAGCAACACCUGCAGCAGCUUCUCCUGAGUUCUCCAGAGAACCCUCUUCUACAACCACUGCCAUAACUAAAGAAAACACCAAGAUUCCACCCCCAGUAACAUCUUCCACAGAUGCCACACCAGCUCCAUUAACAACAGUCACUGCAACUUCAUCAAUGCCAGAAACGUCCAUAACAGCUGCUACCACAAACACUGUUGCAACUACUCAAGUAUCCACUACCGUGGCCACUCCUGCUGACACAGGAGUGAUUUCAGCUGGUACAACCAAAACAGUUACUGCUGUGAUCACCCCUCAGACAUCUACAGUCACUUCCCCUUGCGUACAAAACUCUUCAUCCACAGUUGUUUCCCCAGAGUUGUCCACACCUGCCCUGCAAGAGCCCCUGCCCCAGGUACCAGCAUCUGCUCCUUCCAGUGUUUCAUCUGACAAACAAUCUUUAGAGUCCAAACAGUGUGUAUCUGCAGCUAAAAGUGACUCUGACAGGGUGACCGAAAUGGAAGUGGAUGCUGUGGAGGCUGAAGUGAGGACUAGGAAGGAGGAGGAUGACAAAAAGCAGGAGGUCUGUAAGCCUCAGCCUAAAAGGAGAAAGGUGGAGACAGGAAGGGAGGAAAUAGGAGAAGCCAAAACUACAGCAGGCCCUCAGAAAGAAGAAUCGGUGGAGGAAACCACUGAAGAGCAGAAACCUCCAAAACAGAAAAGGUCCCUUAGUCGUCAGAGUAGCCAGGAAUCGGCCUGCUCCUCUUCACCAUCAUCAGAGUGCUCAACGUCAACCCUCACUCGUCAUGCUCACCAUAAGAAGACGUAUGAAAACAGACAUCCUGCCAAGAGGAGACGAAUGGAUGUUGCCUCAGAAGGAGAGGAGGAAGGAACCAAGGAAAAGGGCGUGGAGAAGAAUGAGGAAGGCAGCGAGAAGGAGCUCACCACUGCUGCCUCUCGGGGGAGGCGUUCCAGGUCUUCCUCUUCCUCCUCCGACUCUGACAACAGCGAGGGGAGGAAGGAGCACCGGUUGACUCGCUCAGCCAAGCGCAGGCUACAAGAUCAGGAGAAGGAAAAGGGAAACAACCAGGCAGAAAAGAAACCUGUUGGCAGCUUUGACAGAAAUGCAUCAAACAGUGCCAACACAUCCACUGGCGGAGAGUCUGGCAGCGAUACCUCUUCUGUUAGGAUCACCAGAAGGUCUGCAGCAUCUCAGCCUUCACAGGACAGUAGAACUCAAAUGAACAGCACGCCCUCGUUGCUUCCUGAGCCUGAAGUUCUGGGGAAGAGGUGUUCGGCUCUCAAUGCAGCAGCCAAACUUCUAGCAAUGAAAGGCCGAGUGGACACGCCCGGCCACACCACUCGGAAGGACAUGGGGUCUAAGACCACUGGGACUUCCCCUGCCCCAUCUUCUGACAAGAACCAAAAGUCUAAAAGCAAAAGUGUACCAGCCUCUCCUCAGAGUAACACUGUGUCUCUCUCUAAUAAUAAAAGCAGCGGCAGCAAACCUUCAACAUCCAGUCAGUCAAGCCGCCCUGCAUCCCGCUCCACCAGGCAGUGCCCUGGGUCUCUGGUUCCACCUCUGGAAGUGGAGUACAAGAGGUCUAAGCCAGAGGAAAAGGAGACAGGAAGUAAAAAGUCCUCAAAGGGGAAGGAAAGCGAGGCUGAGGUGCAGUCUUCGUCCCGGGGCCAUAGUGCCUCCAGCAGCAUGAGCAGCGAUGGCGAGGGCGAUGGUGGCGGAUGACGCAGGAG